UCACAUCCUCCUCUGGGGGAAUGUACCACCAGAUGGUUUCUUUUCACUGAGCUGUCACAGGGGAGGAAGGAGCUCUGUCUGUCUGUGAGACAAAUCAGAUGCAUGCUAUAAUCUUGGGAGCAUCAACAGAAAGAAAUUUGUGAACAGCGCAAUGAAAACAGGGACUAUCUGGGACAGAUUGGUGGCUGAGCCACUUCUAACUUCUCUGUUCUCGUGAGGACAGCUAGGACGGAGCUACAGGACGACUAGGAGUAUCCAAGGACCAGAGCGUGCUGGCACGGCUGCCUUUUACUUCCCGUGCUCCUGGAGCGGGAGGUCCCUUCUCCGGACUGAUACAGAGCGACUUCCUUCCCCUCAGCAUUCACGAGAGGCAGCAGAGCGUGAGCGGUGCCAUUCCCAGCUGCAGAGCGGAGGGUACCGGGAGAGUGACGCACGCGUUGCAGGAUCUCGUGCCAGCCACCGCCAUCGAGGCUGAGGAAUGAGAACAACGUAUCAGUACUUCCCAUAGGACGGCAACACCAUUUCUCUAGCUGUGAGUGGAAGAUUAAAGGGAUACAGAUGGUGGUACGAAGGAGAGAACAAUGAAAGGACUGAGAAGAGUUUGAGGAAAUGCUGAGAAAGGGCUUGAUGCAUGCAUAUUUGCUCUUGUGAAGUCUUCUUUAUCUUCUGCAGUGCUGAUUCCUUUUGCUGAAGAUGACUCAGACAUGGGCAGUUCUGGCUGCAGUCCUUUUCCUGAUGAUCCACCUGAUUGGAGGGUCAGCUUAUAGCAGGGUGAAUGUGGAGGCUGGUCAUGAGGCUGUGCUGAAUUGCCCAUCAGUCUCCAAGCUGCCUUUGCUAAUGGUGACAUGGAAGAUGAAAUCCAGCACUUCCUGCUUUUUGGCUUAUAGAAGGGAUCUCAAUGAGACAAGAAUGUUAAACUGCAGUGAGAGGAUGAUGUGGAAAUAUUCACCUGACCAUGACCCAGCUCUUCGUAUUUACCCUCUGAACCUGAAUGAUGAGGGAAAUUACACUUGUGAAAUUGUCAGCAGUGAGGGGAAUUUUCUUUUCUUCUUUUCUCUGACUGUGAUAGUCCCUCCUACAUUGACUCUGACCUCGGACAAGAACGGAGUGGCUGUUUGCCAAGCUACUGCUGGAAAACCAGCUGCCAAAAUCUCCUGGAUCCCUGCAAGUAAUCACAGUGUUGAGAAAGAUGUCCACCACCUCAACGGAACAGUGACCAGGGUCAGCUACAUAGGCUGGGUCAACAGCACACAUCAUAAUGUCACCUGCCUGGUUACCCACCCAGCUGUGAACCAGACUCUCUCUCUAGAUCUGUCAUACAAUUCAUCCAGGCUCCAAUAUCUCCUGAUUGGACUGCCUACAAGUCUUGCCAUUGUAAUUGGUGCUGGAGUGACUUUAUGCUUGAUUUUAAGAUGCAGAGCCUCCCAAUUACGGAAGAAGGCGCACCGGCCAGCAGUACACUCUGUGACUGAGAACUUCACGUGCACAUCAUUGCAUAUGAACACACCUGUGAUGGACCAUUCUGUCUCACCAGAGCAAAUCUAUCAGAACUAUAAACCACAAGCAACAUUUAUGGUCUAUUAACAGUGUAAGCACCAGCAGGCUAUACCAGCUCAACUAUUAACUAUACUCAGUUACUUGAACCUGUCCUUGACCUAGCAAAUCUCAGACCUUAUGCACAGCAGAACAGCAGAGUACUCAAAACUGAUCAAGAAAAGCCUUUGUCCUUUCUGACAUGAAGGCAGCCAGGGGAGUGACUUGUUUAAGUCACUGAUUCCUCUCUUUCAGUACAGCUGUUAAAACAUUUGAAACUUGUAAAGGCUGAGUUGGAGAAAUGCACACUUGAUUUUGAUUUGAGAAUGGGCUCUGAGGUAGAUGCCAUUUUCCCUCAAAUCAAUAAUUGGCAUAUUUCUGUGACAGAUUUUUUUUAUCUCUGUAAAAGACUUGGUGAAAAUGUAGCACAUUUAUGUAGUCCAUCUGAGCAUCCAGAUUCUCUUUGCAGUUUCAAGAUGGAAACCAGGAAGUGACACAAGGAACCCUAAAAUAAAGAAGGGCAAGAUCUGGCAGAAAUACAGAAAUAAAAUACUUUUGUUCUAUGUAGAUAGUUACAUGUGGCAGAAAAAAAUCUGGUAUUUUUCAACCUUUUUUAAAAAAAAGUGUUAAUUUUUCAGUUAAACUUUCUAUUGUCAAUGGCAGAAGAAAGCCAGUUUGAAUUUGUACUUGAUGUGGAAAUGAGAAAUAGCAAUGGGAAAUUUUCUAAGAUUCAUCUUAGAUGCAAAUAUUUAUCUCAAAUGAUUUCUGGGGCCAUUUUCUUAUCUCAAAUUAUUUCUGGGGCCAUAUUCUUAGAAACCAAGGCUACAGCCUGGUUUGAAAAAAUGCAGGUGGUGUGCUUAUUUGAAAACAAUCUAACCGAGCCAUUUAUUUCUUCUCAUCUCCCUACCCCCAAGUUGAAGAAAAACACUGAUUGAUUGAUAAUUCCAGUUUUCAUAAAUUGGGCUUGUGAAACCUUUUUGAAACAGUAAUGCAGCACCAAAGUAUAAUAAAGUGUGUGCUUUGAA